CCAGUAUGUGUAGUUUCUAUCGCCGGACCGUGCAGAAAGGGAAAGUCAUUUGUCUUAAGCGAGGUGUUUAGUCAACCAGAAGUAUUCCCUCUUGGACAUCAUUUCACACCUGAAACCAUGGGAAUAUGGCUUUCGAUUGUACCAGGAGUAUUUAAGGUUAAGUGUUAUUCUGCUAACGAUGUUGAAUAAAUACCAUGCAUACCUUCUUCUUCUUCUUCUUCUUCUUCUUCUUCUUCUUCUUCUUCUUCUUCUUCUUCUUCUUCUUCUUCUUCUUCUUCUUCUUCUUCUUCUUCUUCUUCUUCUUCUUUAUUAUUAUUGUUAUUAUUUUUAUUGUUAUUGUAAUUCAGUGUUAUCUAAAUUAUGUUAUUAUUCAUUCAAAAUAUUUUCCCGAUUCUGAUUGGCUAAAAGCACACGCAUAAUUCACAAUAACCAGCUACCGACGACCAAAUUCGGAAGAAUUUUGCGUUUAACGAACCGAUGACGUAAAAAGUGCAGCCUUCUUGCAGUAUGCACCGUUAACCGAGAAGACCUGAGGACGAGGUUGCGUUGUUUGGGUUGUGAAAACGAAAAUUGCGGACAUUUCACUCGUUACAAGAGUAAGAACUAGACGAAGUAAUACCUAAAAACAUGGCAAGAACUGCAAGAAGACAACUCGAAGUGCGACAUCUGCUAUUUGGAGAAUAUUUGCGUGGCUGAACAACCCUAAACGUGCACUAUCGAAGAUGAACUUAACAUCUAUUGAUGCAAGCAUGUUUUAGCUAUGUUUUUAAACUAGGAAUUAUUUUGAAUGAAUAAUAAAACAAUUAUUAAAUUCAUCUUUCGUAUCAUAUGAAGAAUUAUGGCGAUCUCGGAGGGUGUUAUCUGCCUCGGCUUACAGCCUCGACGGAUAACACCCUCCUCGAUCUCCAUAAUUCUUCAUAAGAUACUCCUCAUUCAUUAAUCGUUAAUUUUUGUUAUCACGAUAGUCUCUAUAAAAGCCAGAUGAAAAUUAACUCGUUAUAUAUUUUAUAGGAUUCCACGGGCCAGGAAUUCAAGGUGGUGCUACUUGAUUCCGAGGGAAUUGACUCUGUUAAUAGUGAAGGAUAUGAUGACAACCAGAUUUUCACUUUGACGGUUUUACUGGCUUCGGUUUUAAUAUACAACUCACAAGGUGUUCCUGCACGGAGAGAUCUUGAAGGGCUAAAGUAUCCUCUUAACUAUAUAUUUUUUUUCAUUUUUCGAAUUCAUUUUCAUUGCAUUGGGCUGAAACAAAAUCAUGUGCUAUGAUAUUUCAGUUAACUUUAAAAGGCAAUAAUUCAGUCGUUACGAGGAGUGAAACUUCCUUCACUAGUUUUCUAGCUAUAUCGUUAAACUCUCUCAGAGCAUCGAGGUGCGAUCAAACACAAAAGCUGAAGCUGGAAAAUCGCAGGAUGACUCAAAGUCUUUCUAUGAAACAUUUCCUUUCUUCAUAUGGUUGCUACGAGACGUCACUCAUGACCUACCACCAGACUGUAACAGCGUCAAAGACUACUUCCUAAAGAAGGUAUACUUUAUUUAAAUUGUUGCGACUUUUUAAUUAGCAAUCAUUUUCAGCAGUUUUGCAUCAUAAAUUGCAUCAGCUCUGAUUCGCAAGAUACUAACAUUGAUGCUGACAGGUAAAUGGACACAUGGAAAAUAGGUACAAGUAGACAGCAACAUUUUUUUCGUUUUGACCCUAGCAGAACUCCUAUGUUUCUACAACCAGCUGCAAAAGUACUUGAGACACUGUACCGUAUUUUGGCAUAAAUGGCCUGUCCAUGAUCUUGUGCUUGUGAUCCCCCCUCCACCCCUUAUCAAAGUUGCUAGCAAUACAAGACCAUACUCAAAACUUGGAGGAACAACUUUGAAUGGGAGGGAGGAGGGAGUUCAGUAUUAUAUUUUACUGACCUGUGACCAGGAGCGAUUUAAAGCAAGAAAGGUCGUUUUUCCGUGGGAGUGUCUCAUCAUUUUUGCAACUGGUUGUCUGAGUCCUUCAUACCCCUAUAGCAGUGGUGCACGAUUAUUAAACGGGGUAAAACGUGGUGCACUCUUAGCACCUAAGGAGGUGGUUAUAAAAAACAGUAUUUCAUUUUUUGUCGGUUUGCCUGUUUAAAAAUGGCGAGACAAAAACGGCAGUUGUUGGCCCUUUUGUUUAUGUGGUAAUAUGCAAGAAAUUGGGCUUUUAAAGGAAGCACGUGGCAAAAGAUGCCACCCCAUCUUAAGUAAGCUGCAACGAAAAGGGUUUGUGGUCUUAAAACGCUACAGAGAUGCGAAAAAUAAUAUAUUUUCUUCGAACUCGGUUGAAAGAUGUUUAUUUAUGGAAGGAAAGUGACGUAAGAUGCCUCGCUAGAUCAAGGAGAUAGCUUUUUGUUGUUGUUUCCAAUAAGUACGUGGAGGUGGUUCCUCUUUUAUCGCCUGCCAUUUACAGGAAAGAAAAGUUACGCUAAAAAGCAGCUGUUGGUGACUUUACUUUACUUAACACAAGUUUGGAUUUGUGUUUACUCUUUGGUCGUCUUACAACUUUGUUUCGAUUUUGAAGCCCGAGUGUGGCUAUAGGUAUCAGAUAAUGAAAAUGCACGCGCGUAUUUCAGUAACAUAGUCGCGAGAGCUCGCAUAUAACGUGGCUUUGUGGUUCUGUACUUGGUAAGGAAAUUUAUUUCUUUGCAAAAAGGAAGACACUAUCCCCAAGAAAAGCAAUUUUCCAGCACAGUAAUGUCAGGAAUUUACGUGCUUCAACGGUCUACACGGUCUACACGGUCUACCAUCAUAUGACGUAAAUAUAAUAAAUAUAAUAAUAAGUGUCAUUCUAUUUAUUUAUGUCGCUAUAGUCUUCGUUUUGGGAAUUUAAGACCUGGAAAUCGCUUGUUGAAGUAAACCUUAAAUGAGACAUGUAGCUCUAGGAAAUUAUUCCCCACACGACACGUACUCGAAAUGCUCGUCGACUUAAAGAAGAACAAAACAUGUUUUAUAUCUUAUAGAGGUUUAAGUAAGCCCUCUAACCUUUUUUGUUUAACCUUUAGCUUUCGUUUGCCCAGUUUUAUGUCACUAACAGCCAGCCAUUGCUUACUGAUUUAUACAGGUUUUCAGCGUUUCUGAUUCAUCAUCAGCUGAAAAUCAAGAUCGCCAGAAGGUUGCUGAUAGCAUCAAAGAUUAUUUCUCUGGUUUUGAAGCGUUUUCGUUACCUCCUCCUACUGCUGACAAAGAGCUGCUGAAGAACAUCAAAGAUAAUGAAAGUCAGAUGAUUCCUUUUUUCCAAGAAUUAGAUAAAUUUAGACGGUUGCUGGAAAAUAUUUUGAGCCCUAAAAAAAGCUUUAAUGAAGGAGAGCUGGUUACUGGAGAAGGUACAGAUUUUUUUCGUAAUUUGAGGAGAGUAUAGGACACCGUCUCAUUUACAAUAGCAAUGACGUGUAUGAAAUGCAAGUUUGUAGUCGAUAUUAGCUUCUUUCACCACAUAGGAAAAGAAAGGGAGGUCUUAAUGUUCUUAUCGUAUCUUAUUCGCCUUUUUAAAUUAUUUAUUUUAUAAAAAUUAAUAUUGUUUUUCCUGCUCACGUUGAAAGUUCUUUUCUGAUAUUAGAAAGAAAAUACUCUACUGAAUACUCUUAUAUCUUAGAGCUUAUGGCAUUUGUGUCCUUCCUUUACUGUAAGUGGUUGGUAUCUAGAAUUGUCGGCCCUAGUAUUGAACAUUUGGCAUUGGUUUAUCGGCUGGUUUUGCUUUCAGAGACCCACGUAUGUCCAGAAAUGCACCCAAUGCGAAAAUGGCGAAUCUGACGGCAGUGACGAAUCAGGCGAAAAUGGCGAAUGUGGCAAAAAUUUGCCAUGGGUUUGGCGAAUAUUCAAAUUUCAUGACAAAAGGGGUCCUUUGGAGAGUGGAAAUUUUGACAAAAAUUGCGAACAUGACGAAAAUAUUGCAGACCUUCAAGCCGUAUAGAAAAAGUACCGAAUCUGGCAAAAAAUCGCCAAAGGCUAGGCGAUGAUUUAAAUUAGAUUACAAAAGAAACUCCUUGUAAAGUGGCAAAGUUGACGGAAACGGCAAAUCUGACAAAAAUGGUAAUCUGGUUGGUGAAAAUGGGAAAUCUGGGAAUCUGCCAUGGUUUGGCCAAUGCUCAAAUUGGAUGACAAAAGGGGCCCUUUGGAGAAAGGCGAUUUUGAGGAAAAUGGCGUACGUAUCUGGCGAAAGUGGCUAGAACCUGGCAAUAAUUGCCGUGGGUUUCGCUAAUAUUCAAAUCUCAUGGCAAAUGGGGUCCCAAAAAGAGAGUAGCGAUUUUGACGAAAAUGGCGAAUCGCGCAAAAAUUGCUAGAGGGUUGACCAAACUGAUUUAACGACAUUACAAGAAACGCUCCUUGUGUUAAAUGGAAAUAGCAACAACAAUAUGUAUUUAUUAACAAAACGAUAAAGUCUUACAAUUCUGUAUGUCCCGGAAAAUUUUCAUACAUGUAGUAUACCUGAUAUAACGCAUUUGUUUAACCUGCGAGGCAGUAUGUAUCAAAUACAUGUACCAUUAAAUCAAACACAUGAUUAGAAACAAUGAGAAAUAGUGUUAUGUAAUUGCGACAUGUACUGCAAAGAAUUUAGUAGACUUUUUGUUGUUUUUAAUAUCAACGUCGCUUCACUUACCAAAAGUGUGAUGCGCUGAACUAACAGACCACAAUCAUUUGGUCUGUUACUGAACUUUUACCUUUCAAAGGACAUACAACAAGUACGAGAUAAAUUCCUUGAAACCAAUUACCACAGCAAUCUCACACCAUUCAGCUAGUGAAAAUACAACUAUAGGAAGGAAAGCUCCGACGUAGUGGAACCAUUUCGUUCAUGUAUUCUCUCAAUCAUACUCGAGCCUGAACAUUACGACUGUGCACCUCAAACUAAUGUCCAGCUCCCAGGUUGCUUGCUAGGACAAUUGUUUAGAACUUUGCACUAAAUUGUUUCAGCCUUUUUUCAGUUUCUUGACUGCAUAAGUCAUAGGUCUCAAUGUUGUUUUCUAGCUCUCGCUGCACUGGUUCAGUUGUACGUUGAAGCAAUCAAUAGUCCAGGAGUAAUUCCUAACAUUCAGAAUGCCUGGGAAACCUUUGUGGAGAGGAAGUGUUCCAAGGCUAUAACAGAGGCCGUGAAAAAAUACGAAGAGGUUAUGGAGUCAAACCUGAAAGAAGAACGUCCUUGUAAUAAUGAUGAAUUGCGCACGUUUCAUGGGAUGGCGUUAAAGAAAGGUGAAGGCUACUUCAUGACAAAAUUGGUGGGAAUUUCAACAAGAACCGCGGAGAAGCACCUAAACAAACUGAAGGUUGGUAUAAAGUAAAGUAGUAGUAUAUAAUAAGUAAAUGGUUUAAAAUUGGGUAGGGUAGAGGGGUAUGAAGACACAUAAAGAUAAAGCUUGUUACACAAGAACCUACUGGACAAUACUCAGCCUUUUCUAGUGGUUUCAAUUUAAAACAUAAGAACACACCAAAUACAAAUUAAUGGAACAACAAUAACUAAACACAAAUUUUCAAUUUGUAAAUAUUAAAAAGAGGAACACAAACUAAUUAAUAGCAACUAUAGUACAAAGUGGUAUUAGAAUACGUGUUAAAUGAUAACCUACAAUCUAAUCAAUGAAAUAUUUCCGAGCUGGAAUCCCAAUACUUUGAUUUAAUAUUACCGAUCAAUUAAUGCUUUUUAAAUUCCCAGUCAAAGUUUUUCUUUCAGUUCUUUUAUCUUAACUUAAUGCGUGGUGUGAGCAUAAUUAUGUAAUUUAUCAUGACAAUAACAAUGAAAUAAUCAGCGUUAUGCAUCAGUCGAUUCCACCUGCGCCCAGUUUAUUUUUUAGUAUUGAUAUAAAAUUAUUGACAUUAAAAUUAAUAGAGCGCUGUAAAGUUAUAUGUUAUGAAUAGUUUUAUAAAUAUGAAAGGAUAUUCUUCAAUAAAAGAAAUUUGAUUCAAUAACCAAAACACUUUGAUUCACAUCGAUAGCUCCAAUUUCGCUACGUAAUUCUGGCUUGAUAAGCAAUGAAGAAAUACAUACAUACAUGUAAAAUCGAGAACAUGCCUUAACAACCCUCUACAAUGUAUUCCUGUCCUUGAAAGAUGAGCCAAUCUGCUUUUUUUUCCUGUAAAACCUUCUGUGUAGUUAUAUUCUGAUAGGAAACCGCGUGCGUGUCAAAAGCUCGGGAAUGGCCCGGGGGUUGGCAAAUGCCCGGCCCCCGGGCAGUGCAAAAUUUGCAAAUGCCCCACCCCCGGGAAUGACAAGGCGGGCAAAUGCCCCGCAAUAGCCGGGGGGCUGGGCGCAGGUGGAAUUGACUGAUGCAUUACGUUCACCGACUUCCGGUAAGCCUUGCUACUCAAAAAGCUUCAGGAGCUAACUCAGAAGGGACCUCAUCAGCUUAGUAGCUUUCUACUUGCUCUCUUAGAGCAAAGUUGUACGAUACGCGAGUAAUUUAUCAGUAAUUUGACAAAGAACGCUAGUUACCUUUUUCAGUUUUUAUUCUGUUAUUCUAUUAUUCCAUUCUAGUGGUUAUUCUGUUAUUCUACUCUCUAUAAUAAAUCUUUUCGUUUAGGCAACUCAGCUUUAUUUUUAUGUUUAUUUUUUUUCGCAUUUUUUUUCUUUUGCUUAGAGUCUGUUAAAUGAGAAGCUGAUAUCAUGGAAAACCAGAAAUGAAAAGUUGACAAGAGAAUUUUGUAACAGCUUACUACGUCAGCUGAAAGAGAAGCAUCUUGAUCCAGUCCGUCGACGAAUGCAGGGGAAAAAAGCGGCCAAAAUGUCUUUCGGUGGAAUCAAUGGUGCAUGCGAUCAGAUAAAGGAAGAUUACCACAAUUCUGCUAUAGGUGCCAAAGAUGUUAUUGACGCAGUUUUUGCGGAGUUUCAACCGGUAAGAUUUAACGUUGAAGUUAGUCCAUUUCUUUCGAAUUGUGUAAUGACCCCUCAUCUGCUGAGCUAGAUUGGUUUGUCGGAGUGAAGAAUGAAACAGACAUCCCCUCCUAGUCGCAAAUGAAGACGUUCGAUUAAACUGCUAGGCUGUUAUUCCUUUCAAUGAACUUGUGUUCUUUUUUGAUUGCUUACAGGCUCUUUCCGAAGAACGGAAACUAUCCUUGAAUAUUCUAGGAAAACUCAAAGACCUUGAUGAGAAGCUAGCCAAGGCUCUUCAACAACAGGAGAAGCAAAGGCUUGAGGUUUAA